AUGGCGUCCGGCAGGACCGCCACGGGCGCAGCGCAAGGGCAGUACAGCGGGCUCGCGGCACUGGGCGCCUCUCCCCACCCCCCCAGGCCGCCCCGCUGCAGAUCGUGCCCCGCGCCGCGGUCCACGGCGUUUGAUGUCGAGCCGUCAGCGGCGCAGGGCGCCGCCGAUGGCGAUGAGCCGCUGCUGCUCAGGGCCGUCAAGGGGCAGGCGGUGGAGAGGCCCCCCGUGUGGAUGAUGCGGCAGGCUGGGAGAUACAUGAAGGCCUACCAGGACCUGUGCGUGAAGCAUCCCACCUUCAGGGAGCGAUCGGAGAACACCGAUCUUGCGGUGGAGAUAUCACUGCAGCCGUGGGAGGCUUUCCGGCCUGAUGGUGUCAUUCUUUUCUCUGACAUUCUUACUCCACUGCCAGGGAUGAACAUACCAUUUGACAUCGUGAAGGGAAAAGGACCGAUCAUCCAUGAACCCAUCCGAACGAUGGAGCAAGUCGAUGCGUUGACACCUCUUGACUCAGACAAGACAUGCCCAUUCGUUGGAGAAGCACUGCGCAGUCUCAGGAGUGCUGUCGGGAAUGAGGCGGCAGUCCUGGGGUUUGUGGGGGCACCAUUCACACUUGCUUCCUAUAUUGUGGAAGGAGGGUCAUCCAGGAACUACACGCACAUGAAGAGACUGGCCUUUGGGAGCCCAGAGGUCCUGAAAGCUCUUCUGCAGAAACUGGCCAAUAAUGUGGCGGAGUACGUCAAGUACCAGGCAGAUUGUGGGGCCCAGGCUGUCCAGAUUUUCGAUUCCUGGGCAUCUUCCUUGAGCCCUGCUGAUUUUGACGUCUUUGCAGGGCCUUACAUCAAGCAGAUUAUUGACAGCACCAGGGAGACUCACCCCCAACUACCCAUAAUCCUGUACAUUAGUGGGAGUGGUGGGCUCCUAGAGCGCAUGGCAGCCUGCAACCCUGAUGUCAUUUCCAUUGACCACAGCGUUGACAUGGCGGAUGCUUUGAAGAGGAUUGGGACUGGUUUUGCUGUGCAGGGAAAUUUGGACCCUGGAAUUUUGUUUGGGUCUCACAAGGUGAUUGAGGAACGCAUCCUUGAUGUUAUCAAGGCAGUGAAAUCGCAGGGCGUCCGGCACAUCAUGAACCUAGGCCAUGGUGUGCUGCCUGGGACGCCAGAGGACAACGUGAGACAUUACUUCGAAGUGGCAAAGAGUGUGCAACACGGAAUCUGA